CUCCGUCUGAAGCAAAUACAGAGAGAGAGAGAAAUGGCUUGUGUUCCUCUAACUUCUCUGAUGAAUACAAUCCACUUUGAGUUCUUACAACCCUGCAGAGCACCUGUGAUUCUUGAUGAAGAUACAGCACAUAUGGUUAGUUCUCUCCACCAUAAUCUUGGUUUCUUGCUCACCUUUCUCAAGGACUUAGUGAAGAAACCAGGGAUAGAUGAAGCUGCAAUCAACGAUUUGGAAGCCAAAAUCAGAGACUUCGCCUUUUUAGCAGAAGAUGAAGUUGAAUCAAAUCUGGCAACGAUAUAUAUGGAGGCGGCAGAUAAGGAGAUGGCACUCUUUCAGAACCUGCAACAAGUAGGUGAAGAUGCAGAGAUGACACUCUUUCAGAACCUGCGACAAGUAUCUGAAAAAACUCAAAACUUCGUCAACACAGUUAAAAGCCAAUACUAUGAUUCUGCCGUCAAAAAUUUGCCAAAGGUACAUGCCCUUCCGUUAGAUAUUGGUUCAGACCACAAGAGCGGAUCUUCACAGCAGUUCUCAAAGAUUGAGGACAGAAUGGUUGGGCGUACAACUGAAUUAAAUACAAUAAUGAAUCAGCUCAUUGGUCGCCCAUGGAAAGUCGUUUCCAUUCUCGGGAUGGGCGGGAUCGGUAAAACUACUUUAGCCAAAAGAGUUUACGAAGAUCCACAAGUCAUAUCCCACUUUGACCUUCGUGCAUGGGCUACUGUCUCUCAAGAAGUUAACCUGAGACAAAUUCUCUGCGACCUUCUUUGGUCCAUUGAGAGAGGAACGAAUACUGACGGAAGCACAGAUGAUCUAGCACACAAACUACGACAGCAUUUGAUGGGUCGUCAAAGGUAUCUGAUUGUGGUGGAUGACGUAUGGGAAACCGGUGUUUGGGAUUAUCUCACAAGAUGUUUUCCUAAAAGUCUUGGAAGUGCAGUAUUGGUGACCUCUCGGCUAAAAGAGAUUGCAGACUACACUAAAUCAGUCACAUUAUCUUGAAACAGCCCUUGCACUCUAAGUUCAACACAAUUGGAAGGAAUAUUGUUGGCAAGUGUGGGGGGCUUCCCCUGGCAAUUGUUGUAGCUGCUGGACUUGUAUCCCAACUCAGCAAAGUUGAAGAAUUGGAAAAUAUUGUGGAAGAAAUGAGCUAUCGUUUUAGUACAGAUAUUGGUGAACAAUGUUCAAGAAUUCUUAUUGUAAGUUACAAUCAUUUACCUCAGCAUUUGAAAGCUUGCUUUUUAUAUUUAGGAGUUUUCUCAGCAGGUAGUGAAAUUCCUGUUAAAAAGCUUAUUAGGUUAUGGAUUGCCGAGGGGUUUGUGAAGAAUAUGAGCAAUA